AUGUGCAGCGAGAGUCCCGAGAGGGCGAGGGGCAUCAUUAAAGCGGUGGUGCAGCGCCAUCCCGUUCGAGCCGCCGCUUCCCAGUUUCUUCUCCCGUUUGCACCGAGUCCAACUCACAAGAAAGGAGCCGCCCAGAAUGCCCUGCGGCUAGCACUCUGGAGCAUGCGCACUGCCAGCGCUGGGGGAAUGAACGCAUUGGAUGGAGCGGUUUCUGGGCGCGGGGGAUUGUGGGAAUUUCGGCCGCCAUUACUCAGUAGCUGUCGCGUUUUAGAAAGGGAGGAAUUGUCGACAGAAAACACAAACCAAAUGUCGCGUCAGGAUCUGACAGAGUCGCUUGAUCCUUCCAGAGCUGAAUGUCAUUGGCCUUUGGACAUGGAAGCUAAGAGCCCUGCCUGCAGCAAGGAGAAACCGUACAUGUGUCCUGUGUGUGGACGAGGCUUUAGUCAGUCAUCCAGCCUGACAAGGCACGAGCGCAGCCACACUGGAGAUAAACCGUGUAAAUGUAAGGACUGCGAGAAGGAAUUCAAUUAUCCUUACGAGCUGGAAACUCAUCGGCGCAUUCAUACUGGAGAGAGGCCAUUCAUCUGCUCUGUAUGUGGGAAGGGAUUUACUCAGUCAUCUGCCCUGUUGACACACCGGCGUGCUCACACUGGGGAAAGGCCGUUUGUCUGCUCCGUGUGUGGGAAGGGAUUCACUCAAUCACCCCACCUCAGCGAACACAAACUCAUUCACUCUGAUAAGAGACCAUUUCAGUGUCCUGACUGUGAGAAGAGAUUUAAAAGCAAAAAGGAUCUGUUGACACAUCAGCGAGUUCACACUUGGGAGAGGCCGUUCACCUGCUGCGUGUGCGCGAAGGGAUUCAUUGAUUCGUCCCACCUACUGAGACACCAGCAAAUUCACACUGGGGAGAGGCCAUUCACCUGCUCCAGAUGUGGGAAGGGAUUUACACAGUCCUCCCACCUGAUUGAACAUGAACUUGUUCACACUGAUAAGAGACCUUUUCAAUGUUCGGACUGUGAAAAGAAAUUUAAAAGCAAAAGGUAUCUCCUGAAACACCAACGCACUCAUACUGGGGAGAGGCGCUUCUCCUGCUCCCUGUGUGGGAAGGGAUUCACUCAGUCAUCUGACCUGCUGAGACACCAUCAGCUUCACCUGUAACUCUUUCUCUUUCGAGUACAACCACGUUUCCAUCUGUUUCAGAUGAAGUUACAUUGUUUCAUAGUUUGCCAUUGUGAGAUUUGAACUCUUGAUCUUGGGGUUACAAACCCAGUACCAUAACCACUUGGCUAUUUAGGCCAAGCUUCACCUGUAACUGCAGGGAUUGGAUCCUCUGUUGAUCACAUCCAGACUGAACCAAGUUUGUUUCUGCUGAUGUUAACGGCCAGUUUAACUGGGCUGGAAUUUUAAUGUUCUAAAUAAAUGAG